AUGCGGCAGCGCAACGAUAGCGAAUUUAUCUAUUUAUUAAAUAGCUUGAGAGUGGUUAAGCAAGUUGACGAUUACAACGAAAAAACGAGCAAGGAGAAUGCAAUACUUCACCGAUCAUAUAAAAUCGAUGCAGUGGAUGAGUACCGUGAAGUAGCGACAUAUGGUAAGAAACCACCGGAGAACGUAAUAUCUAAAGAUGUUAAUAACUGUGGUGGUCUUCUGUCAUCGAUUAAAAUUGGCGUCAAUUCCCGAGUUAUGUUGAGACGCAACAUUGCCGUAUCUGAAGGUCUAGUGAACGGAGCUAUGGGUAUCAUAAAAAGAAUCAAAUGGCCGGCAUUGAGAAGAGAUCAAUUGGAGGAUGGAGAGCUACCAGAAGCAGUUUAUAUAAAAUUUGAUGACGAGAGCAUUGGUCCCAGACUUAAAGAUCCUGAUGGUUGCAUACCUAUACCUUCAUCAAGUGCUACGUUUCAGACUUUAUCGUCAGUAGGAAUAUUAACAAACGCUAAAAACACUGCUUUUAUUGAAGAUGAACGUUAUAAAGAGUUAAUUGAAGACGUUUCUGCGGCAAAAACAACUGCUAGAAAGACUUCUCGUGAUUAUUGGCUAUUGCGGCGAUACGACGUGCUUACCAUUGACCAUAACAGUAAGCUUAUUUUCCCUAUUAAAGAAACUACAAGCACUAUUAUUUACUACGCAUGUGAUAGCGAGUUAUUCGACAUAUUACACGAGGCUCAUAUUCGAAUCGGUCACGGCGGAAGAGAUCGCAUGAUGAAAGAGGUAUGGAGUCGCUACAAAAACAUAACACGUAAGGAUAUUGAAACGUAUCUUGAACUUUGUGAACCUUGUCAACAAAAGCAAAAAAACAUUAAAAAAGGCAUUGUUGUGAAACCUAUUAUAUCCUCAGAUUUUAAUUCUAGGUGCCAAGUAGAUCUUAUAGAUUUUCAGUCCCAGCCCGACGGUGAUAACAAAUUUAUAAUGGUUUAUCAAGAUUAUUUAACAAAAUUUGUUGUUUUCCGGCCACUUAAAACAAAACGAGCUGAGGAAGUGGCUCACACUUUAUUAGAUAUAUUUACACUACUUGGUCCUCCUGCAAUACUACAUUCUGACAACGGCAGAGAAUUUUCAAAUCGAAUUAUUGAGAAUUUAAAAGCAUAUUGGCCUACUUUAAAAAUUAUACAUGGUAAACCUAGGCAUUCGCAAAGUCAGGGGAGUGUGGAAAGAGCGAAUCAGGAUAUUGAAAAUAUGCUAACCACGUGGAUGCAAGAUAAUGAUAAUUCACACUGGAGUGAGGGUUUGAGAUUUGUCCAGCUGAUGAAAAACAGAGCUUUUCAUGCUGGUAUCAAGCAAUCUCCAUAUGAGGCUCUUUUUGGGUGUAAAGUAAAAGUUGGUUUACAUUUACCCAGUGAUUUCACGCAAAAUGUUGAAACUGAAGAAGAUUUGGAGAAAAUCAUACAGGACCUUACCAAAAAGGAAGAUCCCAAAGUCUCUGCAUGUGAACUCUCUAAGAUGAAAUCGGAGGCAGAGGUAAGCCAAGUGUCCAACGACGUUUUAGAUCGAUCAACGCAAUACAAACACUCGAUCUAUAAAUUGCACCCUCCAAUGCAGCAUCUGUUCACAAGAAACUACAGGUGCUCACACAUGUAGAGAAUGUGGAUGUGCAAUCCACGCUAUUUGCGCUGUUGCUGAAGAAUCAUCCGAUGAAGGGUUUGGAUCUAAAGUUUUGUGUCCAAUAUGUUCAAAAAAAGAUAAAGCACUAGAUAAUCGUCUUAAUGCUAAGAAAAACCUACAACAACAAGCCGAAAAAAUGCUGAAAUUGAGUGAAAAGAAUUUGGGUCCUGUACCUAUUGGCGCUUCAGUACGAAUUGCAGUUCCGGAGGUUGAUAGAGGACGAGGUGAUGCACGUAACAUUAUUGGUGUAGUUUUGACUAAAACCGAUGAUGAACUCCAUCAGAUUGGUACCAAGAACGGUAUCUUAAAACGAUUAUAUGCUCGAUCUCAGAUUAAUGUGUGUCCAAGAGUUCUUCUGCAGAUGAUGUACCGAGUACCGAGAUUACACUCCGGUCAGUUGCCAACUUGCAAUCCAAUGGGACCGGCCAGGGAUUUCAGAAGUGCCUUUGCAAGAAAAACUGUGCUACAGCAAGAUGUCUGUGUUUUAAAAAUAAAGUAUUAUGUACUUCCAAAUGCCAUUCGAGCUUACCCUGCAAAAACAAAUAGCUAUAUGGACUGACAAAGUAUUAUAAUAUAAAGAUUUACUUAUAUACUUUGACAUUUACAAUUACUUAGCUAUCAGACUGAUUACUUGCCAAAUGAAAAUUUGAUUUUAUAAGAAUAAAUAUAAGUUGAUUUU